UAUAUACAGGUCCUGUCUUCUCAUUCAUCACAGGAUGUUCAGCAAAAUAAAGGUCACAGAAGGGGUGUUGGACAUCAAGGAGCUCAUACAGGAAAUAAACCAUAUUCAUGCUCAGAAUGUGGGAAAUGUUUUACUAGGAAAUCAGAUCUUGUAAAACAUCAAAGAACUCACACAGGGGAAAAGCCAUUCUCAUGUUCAGAAUGUGGAAAAUGUUUUAAUGUUCAAUCAAAUCUUGUUCAACAUAAAAGAUCUCACAUAGGAGAGAAGCCAUUUUCAUGUUCAGAAUGUGGGAAAUGUUAUACUCGUCAGCCAAGUCUUAUUAGACAUCUAAAAACUCACACAGGGGAGAAGCCAUUUUCAUGUUCAGAAUGUGAGAAAUGUUUUGCUCAGAAAUCAGAUCUUGAGCAGCAUCACAAAAUUCACACAGGAGAGAAACCAUUUGUAUGUUCAGAAUGUGGAAAGUGUUUUAAUAGUAUAUCACAUCUUAUUCAACAUAACAAAACUCACACAGGGGAGAAGCCUUUUUCAUGUUCAGAAUGUGGAAAAUGUUUUACUAAAAAAUCAUAUGUGGUUGAACAUCAGAAAAUUCACACAGGAGAGAAGCCAUUUCCGUGUUCAGAAUGUGGAAAAUGUUUUACGUGGAAAUCAGAUCUUGUUGAACAUUAGAAAACUCACACAGGAGAGAAGCCAUUUCCGUGUUCAGAAUGUGGAAAAUGUUUUACGGGGAGAACAAAUCUUCUUCUACAUCAAAGAACUCACACAGGAGAGAAGCCAUUUUCAUGUUCAGAAUGUGGGAAAUGUUUUGCUCAGAAAUCAUAUCUUGUUCAACAUCAAAGAACUCACACAGGGGAGAAGCCAUUUUUAUGUUCAGAAUGUGGGAAAUGUUUCUCUCUCAAAUCAAGUCUUCUUCAUCAUCAAAGAUUUCACACAGAGGAGAAGCCAUUUUCCUGUGCAGAGUGUGGGAAAUGUUUUACUCAGAAAUCAGACCUUGUUGUUCAUCAAAGAACUCACACAGGAGAGAAGCCAUUUUCAUGUUCAGAAUGUGGAAAAUGUUUUACUAAAAAAUCAUAUAUUGUUGAACAUCAGAAAAUUCACACAGGGGAAAAGCCAUUCUCAUGUUCAGAAUGUGGAAAAUGUUUUGCUCAGAAAUCAGAUCUUGAGCAGCAUCACAAAAUUCACACAGGAGAGAAGCCUUUUUCAUGUUCAGAAUGUGGAAAAUGUUUUACUCAAAAAUCAUAUGUUGUUGAACAUCAGAAAAUUCACACAGGAGAGAAGCCAUUUCCAUGUUCAGAAUGUGGAAAAUGUUUUACGUGGAAAUCAGAUCUUGUUGAACAUCAGAAAACUCACACAGGAGAGAAGCCAUUUUUGUGUUCAGAAUGUGGAAAAUGUUUUACGGGGAGAACAAAUCUUCUUCUGCAUCAAAGAACUCACACAGGAGAGAAGCCAUUUUCAUGUUCAGAAUGUGGGAAAUGUUUUGCUCGGAAAUCAUGUCUUGUUCAACAUCAAAGAACUCACACAGGGGAGAAGCCAUUUUUAUGUUUAGAAUGUGGGAAAUGUUUCUCUCUCAAAUCAAGUCUUCUUCAUCAUCAAAGAUUUCACACAGACAAGAAGCCAUUUUCCUGUGCAGAGUGUGGGAAAUGUUUUACUCAGAAAUCAGGCCUUGUUGUACAUCAAAGAACUCACACAGGAGAGAAGCCAUUUUCAUGUUCAGAAUGUGGAAAAUGUUUUACUAAAAAAUCAUAUCUUGUUGAACAUCAGAAAAUUCACACAGGAGAGAAGCCAUUUCCCCGUGUUCAGAAUGUGUAAAAUGUUUUACCUGGAAAUCGGAUCUUGUUGAACAUCAGAAAACUCACACAGGAGAGAAGCCAUUUUCAUGUUCAGAAUGUGGGAAAUGUUUUACUCGGAAAGAAAAUCUUCUUAUACACCAAAGAGCUCACACUGGAAAGUAAUCUUCCAACUUGUGAAAUAGAACAAAUACUACAACCAUUGCAGUCCAAGUCACAAGAGAGAGCAAUAAACUAACAUUGAAAAAGUAUAAUUAUUCAUUAAAAAAUACUCAACCAGGUCGGGGCGUGUAUGGCCAUGGUGGUGUAGAGACGCACGUGUACAGAGCUCCUGCCUUAUUCCACAAUCAGCACUUUCAUAAUGGAGCGAUCCACCAGAAACAAGAAGGGGAACA